AUGGACGCGACGCGACUCUUCCUUGGCGCGCUCCUCCUCCUCCCCGCCGCGCUCCUCCUCCUGCUCCGCGCGCGGGGCCGGCGCCGCCUCCCCUGGCCCGCCGUCGCUGCCGCUGCUCGGCAGCGUGGUGUGGCUCACCAACUCGCCCGCCGAGAUCGAGCCCCUGCUGCGGCGCCUCUUCGAGCGGUACGGCCCCGUCGUGGCGCUCCGCAUCGGGCGCGCCUCUUCGUCUUCGUCGCGGACCGCCGCAUCGCGCACGAGGCGCUCGUCGACCGCGGCGCGGCGCUGGCGGACCGCCCGGCGCUCGCGUCGGUCAGGUUACUCGGCGAGAACGACAACACCAUCACCGGCGCCAGCUACGGGCCCGUGUGGCGCCUCCUGCGCCGCAACCUCGUCGCCGAGACGCUGCACCCGUCGCGGGUGAAGCUCUUCGCGCCGGCCCGCGCGUGGACGUUCCAGUACGCCAUGUUCUGCCUCCUCGUGCUCAUGUGCUUCGGCGAGCGCCUCGACGAGCCCGCGGUGCGCGCCAUCGCUUCUGCGCAGCGGGAGGGACUCAUCUACCGCUCUAAGAACAUGGUGGUCUUUGCCUUCUUGCCGGCCGUCACCAAGCACCUCUUCCGUGCUCGGCUCGAUAAAGCACGGGAGCUGCGGCGGCGCGUCAAGGAGCUCUUUCUUCCGCUUAUCAACGCGCGCCGGGAGUACAAGAAGCAAGCAGGCGAGCCGAAAGGGGAAACCACGUUCGAGCACUCGUACGUGGACACGCUGCUCGACAUCAAGCUUCACGAGGACGGCGAUCGCCCGCUCACCGAUGAUGAGGUUUGCAUCCUAUGUUCCGAGUUCCUCGACGCCGGUACGGACACCACGUCCACAGGGCUGCAGUGGAUCAUGGCCGAGCUUGUAAAAAAUCCAGCCAUCCAGGAGAAGCUCUACAACGAGAUCAAGGCCGCCACCGACGACGACAAGGAAGGGAUCUCAGAGGAGGACGUCCACAAGAUGCCAUACCUCAAGGCGGUGAUCCUCGAGGCCCUCCGGAAGCACCCGCCGGGCCACUUCGUGCUGCCGCACAAGGCGGCGGAAGACAUGGAAAUUGGUGGGUACCUGAUCCCCCAGGGCACAACGGUGAACUUCAUGGUCGCUGAGAUGGGCCGGGACGAGCAGGAAUGGAAGAACCCGAUGCAGUUCUCGCCGGAGCGGUUCCUCCCCGGCGGCGACGGCGAGGGCGUGGACGUGACGGGCACCAAGGCGAUCAGGAUGAUGCCGUUCGGCGUGGGCCGGAGGAUCUGCGCGGGGCUUGGCAUCGCCAUGCUGCACCUGGAGUACUUCGUUGCCAACAUGGUGCUGGAGUACGAGUGGAAGGAGGUGCCCGGCCACGAGGUGGACUUCGCCGAGAAGAAUGAGUUCACUGUCGUCAUGAAGAAGCCGCUACGCCCGCGCCUUGUGCCUAGGAGGUCUCACUUGAACUAG